AUGGGGUCGCAAUCGGUGUCGAUCCUGACAUCGGGUGUGUGGGCGAGUCUGACCGGCGGAUGGUUCUUCGACGCCAAACAGAGCCACUUCUCUAAUGUCUUUCAUCUCUACGUAUGGCUCGUCUUCCUGUGCCUCCCAUUCGUCAUCCAAUUGAUGGCCACCUCUUGGAAGCCAUGGAUCGCCUACUGUGUCAUUAUAGCCGUCAUAUUCACCACAAUUAAGCUGAUGAACGCAUAUCUUCACCGACUCUUUGAUUUCGGCGAAUGUGUUGUCGAAGAGAAUUCAGUCAACUCUAAGGAACAAUCAGAUGACGAGAAUUUCUUGAAUCAAAUGAAAGGCUUUGAAGGAAACGAUAAUUCGAUGAAAAACAACGAAAUGAAGGAAAACAUCGAAAUGAUUGUCAUCGCAGACAACACUAAUGGCAACGAUUCCACAAGAAGUGACUCUUUGGCCCUCUUUCACAACAACUUAAGCAAUAGUAAUAUCAAUGACAACAACAGCAAUGAUUGCAUCGAAAGGAUGGCCGCAACCAACGCCACGUCGAGUGUCAUCGAUCUCGAGGUCGACGUUCACCACAGAAACAGUUCCGGUUCUUCUAUUGGCAUCUCUUCGGAACCCUCUAAGAGUCACAGCGAAGCCAUCAACACGUCAGAGAUGGCGGUCACCAACAAAAGCAGUUCAUUGAUAGCACCGGAAGUGAUGUUAGACGAGACGUCCUUCGGGUCCGAAGUGAUGGGAAGCGAAUUCAUGUCUCUUCUGAACGCUGGAAGUGAUGUGAAUAUAACGAACACAACGAAUGAAACCGAAAGUUCUGACGGAUUAAUGAAGGGGUCAUCCCUUGAGUUGGGAUUCAUGGCUCAGGACCCGGCAGUGCUCAGGGCUCAGACCAACCCCUCCAAUGAGGGCCAAUCGGGUCGCAAACGGAUCGACAAUAUUGUUCGCAGAGCUCGCAGUGAAUUAGAGACAACUCAGUGCUCGACAGACAGAGACAGGUUAUCAUCCCUUCCGCCAUCACAUCCCGUUAGUCUUGAGAUAAUUGGAACCACAAGAUUAGACAGUGAUUCAGUUGAUGUGUCCAACAAUGACAGCGAGAGUCUCUUGAGACGAACGACGCCUAAUCUGAACGAAAAGAUAUCAAUAUUUAAUCCCCAGAACAACGAUAGCAUCAAAACCACAAACAGUCCUAAACUGAAAGCCACUAAAUUUGAGACAAUAAGCAGUUCUCCCGUUCUUUCAGAACAAACGGUCAAAGGUUUGGCCGAAAAAGAGUCACACAUUUUCAUUGAAGUCGAGCCGUCGCCUCAGCCCAAGAAAGCGAAGACCAGUGACUGCGAUGACGGCGACGAAAGCGAUGUCUCUCUUGUCGUCAACUUUUCGACGAAAGUUAAGAAACGAAAGGUUCAGAAGUCGUCGAAACCGCGAAGAACUCUAAACAGAAGAAAAGUGUCGAAGUCUUGUAGUUCUGGAAAGAUUUCUAUGAAUAAAAAAUGUGAUAAAGUUUUGCAAUUCAUGGAUAACACCAUUUCGAGCAAUGAGUUGAACAAAAAAUCUCUUCAAAACUUUUCGAGUGAAUCAGACAUUGAAAGCAGUCAUAAUGGAAGUGAUUCGUAUACAUCCCGAAGCAGUUCUCUCACUUCAAGUCAUUCUUCAAUCUCUUUGAACGACGAGACGACACCAUUGACCGCUUCAGUGGCUCCAGAAAUGGAUAAUAAGAGCAAUGCUUCCAAUUCUCGCAAGAAUUCAAUGGCAUUGGAACCCAAAUGCAUUGCCGGCCCUUCCAAACAACACACUUCUUAUGAAUCAAAGAGCGAUUUAAUCAAAAAGAUUUCCGAAAUUCCCUCCAAAUCUGAUGACACGAAUAUCGGAGCCGUUCAUGUAUUCCAAGACGAACGCGGAAAUUGGUUGACAUAUACUUUCGAUGAUAACAGCAGUGGUGUCGCCCGCGGACUCAUGAAUAGUGAUAAGGCUUUGCUUGACAUUGAACUCUACAGUGCGAUGAGAGCACAGGCGGCACAUCACAAGUGGAACUCGUCUUCGUGCUCAUCGUCGGGAUCGACAGUAGUGUUGGACAGUCCGGCCAAUGUCUUACAUACACCCAAAUUACUAGAGACUAGUCUUUUGCGACAACAGUUUAAUGACACAACUCAUGACUACAGUCGAGCUCUUCAGCCAAACGCCAGUUCAUUAUUCGCCGAUUCAUUUCCCAUCACAGCAUUUCCGCGAACCCGUGGCUCAAGACGUCUAGACUUAGCGACUAGUAUUCUGUUUAAUCAGAACACAGGGACAGGACUUAACGCCAACAAUAUGUCAGAUAUGUAUCCCUUAAGAUUCGGGGAGUUUUCAUCACCCGUCCCGACACAUAAGCCCUCGCAGUACUACAAACUCUGGAUCUUUCCGUUCAAACCAAUCAAAGUACGCUUCGAUCGCUUGACUCUAUUAGCUCUUCUCGAUAGAAGUCUAACGGCUUUUGAAUUGAUUACUUCAAUACUGUUGGCUGUAAUGGUUGCCGUUUUUGGCUCAAUACUACUCUAUAAGAACUUCUUUCACGACUUGUGGUUAAUUGUCUUCUGUUUAGUGAUCGCGAGCUCUCAAUACACUCUUUUAAAGAGUGUACAGCCGGACGCAUCGUCGCCAACACACGGCUAUAAUCGGGUGACGCUAUACAGUAGACCCGUUUACUUCUGUAUCGCCAGUUCUAUACUACUUCUGAGUCAGAAUUAUAUGGAAAAUACGAACAAAAAUAUUUCAUUUGUUGUCUAUAACAUCGAUUUAUUUCAUGAGAAUAUUAUUGCAUUCAUCCGAAACUCAAGUCUUAUAUUUUUGUUGAGUUUUCCACUUCUAUUCAGUUUUGGACUUUUGCCGCAAAUCAGUACUUUUCUAAUGUAUUUGUUCGAACAAAUCGAUAUUAACUUAUUGGGCGGUACGGCCGCCACAAUGGGUCUCAUUUCUGCCACUUAUAGUCUUAUAAGAAGUAUUUUUGCCGUUUGUCUCCUCUAUUCGUUUGCUUUGAUUGCACUCAUGGCUAAUAAUAGCACACAAACGGCUACUUUCUCUGUGUUUUGCGGUCUCUUACUGUCCACUUGUUAUCAUUUGAGCCGAAGUUCUAGCGAUCCCUCCAUUUACUGGAAUCUUAUAAAGAAAUGUUUUACGUGUAAGGCUUCUAAACUUAAUUUCAAACUCAAAUCCGAAACUCAGAGCUUGACUCAAGUGAAUAACGAUGACACGGAUUCCAGUGAUAAACAGGAACAGGACAUCACUGAUCCCUUACCCAAAAAGUUGGAAAAUACUGUUAUAAUGAGAUUACAAUCGGACUUAAUUAUAUGUGUAUUCAUAACAAUCGUUGUGUUUGCCACUCAUGUCAGCACUAUUUUCACACUUCAGCCAUACGUUGAGAUUUGUUUAGUUCUGUGGGCUAUUAUAUGGGGUUUUAUAUUGCAUUAUAUAUUAAACCAUUUCCGUAAACAACUUCCGUGGCUAUGUUUAGCACAUCCAGUCUUUAGAUCAAAAGAAUACAAUCAGUUUGAAGUGAAAGGACCCGCCAAAGUGAUGUGGUUUGAGAAACUUCACGCUUGGCUUUGGCUCAUUGAGAAGAAUAUCAUAUAUCCAUUAGUCUUCUUAAGUGCCAUCACUAAUGACGGUCCGAUUCUGCUCACAAAAUAUGGACUUUAUUUAGGGACUCUAAUAGUAGUGGUGACUGGUUUCAAAUGCUUGAGAAGCUCUUUCAACGACUCGUCACACAAUCAUAUUAUACUUCUCUUCACUUAUUUAUUCUUCAAUUUCGAUCUGAGAACCCAUUCCGAGCCCUUUCUACUGAAUUACUUCAUUCUUUCCAUCAUUUAUUAUAAGUUUUACGAGUUGUUAUUGAAAGUCCGAUUUGUGGUCACAUAUGUGGCGCCCUGGCAGAUCACUUGGGGCAGUGCCUUCCAUGCAUUCGCACAACCAUUCAGUGUUCCUCACUCUGCAAUGCUCUUCGUUCAGGCGCUCAUCUCAUCGAUACUAUCGGCGCCGUUGCAGCCAAUCCUCGGCAGCGCUAUAUUCUUUGCCUCAUAUGUCAGACCUAUUAAAUUCUGGGAAAGGGAUUAUAAUACUAAACGUGUGGAUCAUUCAAACACUCGAUUGGCGUCCCAACUGGAAAGGAGUCAAUUGGGAGCCGAUGAUAAUAACCUGAACUCAAUAUUUUAUGAACAUUUGACUCGUUCUCUCCAACACUCACUCUAUGGCGACCUAUUGUUGGGUCGAUGGGGACCGGUAUCACAGGGCGAUUGCUUUGUGUUGGCCAGCGAUAACUUAAACUGUUUGGUGCAUCUCAUCGAAUUGGGCAACGGUUUGGUCACAUUCCAAGUGCGAGGUCUUGAGUUUAGGGGCACUUAUUGUCAACAAAGAGAAGUUGAGGCCAUCAGUGAAGGUGUCAGUGAAGACAACGGCUGUUGUUGUUGUGAACCCGGUCACAUCCCAGGAAUGCUGUCCGUAAACGCGGCGUUCAAUCAGCGGUGGUUAUCGUGGGAAGUGACACAUAUUAACUAUGUUCUCGAGGGCUACUCCAUUAGUGACAACUCAGCGCUAACUAUGUUACAGCCCUAUGACCUCAGAAAAGCUCUUAUUAUUUAUUACAUCAAAUCUAUUAUUUAUUAUUGCAUUACUUCUAAAAGUCUUGAGAAAUGGAUUACUAAUCCAGAGAUCAAAGAAGCGAUUGGUGUUAUGAAAGACCAGAACUCUGUAGAACUCGACCCCAUCUUCAACGCCAGUGUCGACGAAGACUAUGACUUCCGGAGUUCGGGAAUCACGCGCUCGAGUUUCUGCAGUGUUUAUAGCGAUUGGAUUCACUAUUGUUUGAGAGAAAUGACUAAAACAUCGAAACCUGACUUCGAUGUCGACGAAGAGAAGGAGAGCUUAAUUGUGUCGUUAUGUCUAAGUCUGAGUCUAUUGGCCAGACGUGCUCUCAGUGCUGCCUCUCAUCACAACUCAUUCACGAGCGUUGAGUUCUUGUUGUUUGGAUUACACGCUCUCUUCAAAGGAGACUUUCGUAUCACUUCUCCAAAGGAUGAGUGGGUUUUCCAAGAUAUGGAUCUCUUGCAUAAAGUGAUCGCACCGGCAGUGCGAAUGGCCCUUAAGCUACAUCAGGACCACUUCAUGUCUACUGAGGAGUACGACGACAACCCAACCCUUUUUGAUGCCAUCAAUAACUACCAGAAAAAUCUGGUCAUCUCGCAUGAGGCAGACCCUGUCUGGAGGAAUGCCGUCCUUUCCAAUGUUCCCUCACUGUUGGCGUUAAGACAUGUGUUCGAUGACGGCGCCGAUCAGUACAAGAUUAUUAUGUUGAACAGGAGAUACCUCUCCUUCAGAGUCAUUAAGGUAAACAGAGAAUGUGUGAGAGGAUUGUGGGCCGGACAGCAACAAGAGUUGAUUUAUCUCCGGAAUCGUAAUCCAGAGCGCGGUUCCAUUCAAAACGCUAAACAGGCGCUCAGAAAUAUAAUCAACUCGUCGUGCGAUCAACCCAUCGGUUAUCCCAUAUAUGUCUCCCCUCUGACCACUUCCUUCGCAGAAACCAAUGACAACAUGAAUCGAGUCAUCGGUUAUCCUAUAACUCUUGGAAUGUUUAAGAGGGCUUUACUCAGGUGUUGGAAUCGGAUGAGAACCCGUUGUGGCGAAGGCUGUUCCAGUGGUGGCACUGGUCUUAACGCAGACUUCGCUGAACUCUCCUCAUCGACCACUUCGUGUCGUAGAGUCGAGUCGAUUGCACUCGAAAGAGUCCGGACUUCCAAUUAUAGCGAGUCUUCGAGUGAAUACGAUUCGAGUCGUUCGCGUGAAAUGAUUUACCGCCGGUCGCGGACACAACCGCAUCCCAUGUCAUACCAUCACUUCAAGUAUUCCGACAGUAAGUCCAGUGCCAGACAGGCGGCCACUCUCGUCAACUUAACGGCGUUGAGAUCCGUUCCGCCAUCCAAU